AUUAAUUUGAGUCUUUUGUUCUAAUCCCAAAAAACCACCUAACUUUCUCUUUCUACUAUCCCUUCUCAUAUUGAAACAUUAUUAGAGACUCCAUGGAGGCAAGUGUAGAGGAUCCGUUUAGCAAUUUACCAGAUGAAAUUCUAAGCUGCAUUGUUUCUUUUCUGCCAAGUGAAUAUGCACUAGAAACUAGCCUCAUAUCUACAAGGUGGAAAGACCUAUGGAACCAAGUCCUUAUUAGACAAGGAACCACACAAGACAUAGCUGCUGCUGUUGCCGAAUUUCUGGCUCGUUUUGAAGAGCUUGAUCCACUAAAACAUCCCCGCAAGCUUCAAUUUCACUUUGCUCAAGACACUGCACUCUUUGCAUCCAUUGCGACAAAUGGUAAGCUUCUUCUUGAUUUCCCUUGUGGGAGCCAACACCUUGAGAGGAAGUAUGAAAUGCAGUUCAUGCUCAACAAACACCACACCAUCACUCACCACACUUUCUUGGUCAAAACACUCUAUUUGAAAUCAGUGAGAGAUUUUACAAGUGAGGUGGCUUCCUCCAUCGUUUCAAAUUUGGAGCAUCUUGAGAAGUUGGUGAUUGUUGAGUGCAUGGGAUUGCAAUCUCUGUGUGUUGAGUCUGAAUCAAAGCUUCACAAGUUAACUAUCUUAGAUUGCAUGGAGUUGAAGUCUCUUCAUCUUAGAACUUCUAAGCUUAAAACUUUCACAUAUCGUGGACCCCUUCCUCGGAUUUGGCCAGAAUCCCAUUUCAACCUCAGCCAUGCCAUGCUUGAUUUCAGACAUGGACCAAGCUGUGGUGACUUCAAGGCUCAAGAUUUCAAUGAAACAUUGUUGACAAUAAAGAAUUCUGAAGCUCUCACUUUAUGUGAAUGGACUUUUGAGGCAUUGAUAUGGCCAUCGAUUUCUCCAAGUGUGAACUUCAUAUUCUACAGAAUAAGAGAGCUAUGGUGGAUUCACAACCAUAAGGGUGAAAAUAGUAUUGACACCUUAGUGUCCUUUUUGAAAUUAUGCCCUGCCUUGGAGCAACUUUUUGUGACGAGUGAUCCUACAUGUUAUUCGGCUCCAGGGUCCAUUUCAUGUUUAACGCAAUCAACCAAGAAUAGAAAAUUGGAGCAUGUAAAACGGAUAACGUUUAUGGGAUUUACAAAACGAGUGGAUGAAAUCUCAGUGGCAAAAGAAUUAAUUGAAUUAGUCAAGGGAGAGCCUCCAAAGAUAGAGACAUCGGAUGGAAAUUGGUUGGAUGUAGUGUUUGUACAUUGUGCAGUGAGUUUUUUUGUAUGUAACGAAGAAAGGAAAAUGAUAUAAUUAUGUAAACAUGUUAUGUGUUAGAAGAAAUAAAUGCCACUUAUGUUUUGGAGCCUCUUGUUUCGUUUCUAUUAUUUUCUGCUGUCUUAAGCCACGUGGGGUUUUGAUUUUGAUAAUAAAACCUUGUCAUCCUUCUAUCUUGCAAGUUGUAGUAACUAACCACGUGGGUUUGCAGCCCAAGUACCAAACAGUUUUGCGAAAGGCCCAAACAAAUAUAUCCUGGGCUUUCAGAAGCCCAAAAAGAACGAAAACCUUGUUUCAUAUGCCCACCGAAUUUACGGCGUCGUUUGUUGCGUCUUCCCCAAAAGUAAAAACCCUUUGUGGUAGUACUUGUGAGUGCUGAGAGUUUGAGAGGUUGUGGAAAUGGUUCUAUCAAACAAGAAACUGAAGCUUAAGCUCAGAGCCGAAUUAAACCAAAGCAACCCUAGCGCCGCCGAAGCCCCUUCAUCUUCCAACUCUCUCAAAACUCUUCUGGACGCUGCCACCCCCGCACCCAGAUUGUCCAAGAGAGAGAAACGCCGAAAGCUUCGAUCUUCGCAAAACCCUAACCCUCCGCAAGAGCCCAAUGACGAAACUCACAAAGAGGGUUCAACCAACAAAAAGAAAAAGAGGAAGAAGGUAGAGGACGAUGACGUGGCAAAUGAAGUUCCCAACAAGUCACCGAGCAAUAACAAGAAGAAGAAACAGAAGCAGAAGAACAAGAACAAGAAGAAGAAUAAGAAAUCCAGAACGGCGGAACAAAACGGUUCCAAUGGUGAAGGGGAAGUGCCAUUGCCAGAGGCUACAGAGUUAACCAACACCAAUGCAACCGCCAGUCAAGACAAUGGUGAUGUUCCUAUCAGUACAAAGGUUUAUGUUGGAGGAAUUCCCUAUUAUUCGACCGAGGAUGAUAUUCGAAGUUAUUUUGAAAGCUGUGGCACCAUAACUGAAAUUGAUUGCAUGACUUUUCCUGAAACUGGCAAGUUCAGAGGGAUUGCCAUUAUUAGUUUUAAGACUGAAGCAGCAGCCAAAAGAGCAUUGGCUCUUGAUGGAGCUGACAUGGGAGGACUCUUUCUUAGAAUUCAACCUUAUAAAGCAACUCGAGCCAGUAAAACAUCAAAUUUUGCUCCAGAAAUGUUGGAGGGGUACAACAGAAUAUAUGUUGGGAAUUUGUCGUGGGAUAUAACAGAGGAAGAACUGAGGAAGUUCUUCAAAAAUUGUGACAUAGCAUCCCUACGAUUUGGUAUGGACAAGGAGACAGGAGAAUUUCGAGGGUAUGCCCACUUGGACUUCAGUGAUAGUCAGUCACUGAAAACAGCACUUACAUUGGACCAAAAUGUUUUGUUUGGGAGACCUGUCAGGAUAAGUUGUGCAGUUCCUUUGAAGAAAAAGCCAGGAACUAAUACAAGCUCUGUGUCCACCAUUAAUGGUACUGUUAAUGGAGUUGAUGGUACUGUUAAAGGAGUUGAUGGUGACAAAUCAGGUUCCACCGUAAGUGGCAAGAUGAAGAGGAGGACGUGUUAUGAGUGUGGUGAGAAAGGACAUGGUUUCUCUGAAUGCCCAAAGAAACAAACAGUUGCUGCAACUGCAACUUAAAGCAUGUAGGAAAAUUCAAACAGGGUCACUGUUUUUUGUUUCUUCUUGUAGACAGUUUGAUUGUAGUUUAUAAAAUACAAUAGUGCUGCAUUCAUAAUUGAAUGUGUUGACAGUUUCAUUCUUUUCUCGUUAUUUUUAUCAUUUC